CCGCCAGCGGCCAGCCGGCCCCGGUUCCUAUCUUUUCCGCCUGCCUCCUUGUCCCCACCUCUUCCCCGGUCGUCCACGCUCUGCUUGCUGCCCUUCCCACUCCAUCCAAUCAUCUGCGCUCCGUCCAUGGCCGCGGCAUCAGCUCUCCUCCUUGCCAACCUCUCCGCGCCCACGGGCACGGCCAGGUACCGCCACCGGUUGCUGCAGCCCAGGAGGCAGCCGCCGCAUCAGCUCCUCGCCUCUCGGCCUCUCCCUCUCCGGCAGCCGCUCCGCCCCCUCUCCGCCGUCCAAGACACCAAGGAGGAGACUGCCAAGACGGCCGAGGAGAUCACCGAGAAGUACGGCCUGGAGGUCGGCCUCUGGAAAAUAUUCAGCUCCAAGGAGGAGGAGGAAGGGGAAGGGGGGAAGACGAAGUCGAGGACCGACCAAGCCAAGGAACUCCUGGCCAAGUACGGCGGCGCGUACCUGGCCACCUCCAUCACGCUCUCCCUCAUCUCCUUCACCGCCUGCUACCUCCUCAUCAACGCCGGCGUCGACGUCCAGCAGCUGCUCACCAAGGUUGGUAUCGUCACGGACGAGACCGGGGGGAAGGUCGGGACGUUCGCGCUGGCCUACGCAGCGCACAAGGCGGCAUCUCCGAUCAGGUUCCCGCCCACGGUGGCGCUGACGCCGGUCGUGGCCAACUGGAUAGGGAAGAUCAGGAAGGGGGGCGACUGAUGCACCGGUGAAGUACAGGCACUUCCAUCGAUGUGCUCUUGCUCUGGUUUUGGCUUGUGUACUUAAUUAGUGUAAAUCUUCUACGUGUAGAUGGUAUAAUAGUGUAAAUCUGGCUAACUAUGGUUUUGGCUACUUGUAAGUUUGCUGCCGCUCUUUCAAAAUGGCACGGAAUAAUUAGUAAAUGCAAUGUCUCAGAGGUUAAUAGUGCA